GAAAACAGUACGAAAUCGGAGGAUUGGUUUCUCAACGCGUUGAACGGAACGACGUCUGGAUUUUCCGAUACGUCGUCGGUGAAUUGUUUGUUAGGUUUAGACGAAGACUUUUCGGUGCCUGAGAAGAAAGAUGUGGAGCAUAAAGGUGUGAUAGGUAAGAAUCCGAAAGGUAAUACUUCUGCUCAGGAUGUUCAUUCGGUACCGGAUUUGGAACGAACUUCUUCGUUUGGAUCGGCUUCUUCGUCUCCGUCGCUGGCUAGUUUACCGCCGAUUAGAGUGCAUGUUGAUGAUAGUCAGAAGGUUGGAGGAAUUGAGGAGCAAUUUGCUCAGAUGAGUGUGCAGCAACAGCACCAGAAGGUUCAGGAGGUUGGGGAUUAUGUUGCUGUUCCUGCUCCGGUGGUUAUUGUUAGCGGUGUGCCUGCUAGUAAUGCGCCGGCGGCGGCCGAGUAUUUGAACCAGCAGCAGAAGCAAUCUGCUGGUUUUGAUUUGGCUUCCACGGAUUCGGUUUCGAGUGAUGGUAGACAAAAACCGGCUAUGAUUUAUCAGGACCAGUUGUUAAAUAUCCAAUCUUCGAACAACAAUCGUGCUUCUGAUCUGAGUAAUAAUGUUUCUGAUCAGAACGUUAGAAUUCAGAUGCAACAACAACAGAUUCCAGAUUCUGCUUACGUAAUGUCGAUGUCGAAUCCCCAAGACCCGUUUUUCGUAUACGGGGUAUUUUAG